AUGCAGGUCAUUGCGUUGUAUGUCUCAGGGGAGCCGAAUGCUAUCUUGACACCUGAACAUCAAAAGGAGAUUAUUCGCUAUGUAUACAAUCAUCAGAAUGAAGAUGGAGGUUGGGGACUUCACAUAGAGGGCCACAGCAUCGUAUUUAGCUCAAUCCUUAACUACGUUACGUUGAGAUUGCUAGGAGAAGGACCUGAAGAUGGGGAGGAAAAGGCCACGGCUAGAGCCCGAAAAUGGAUUCUUGAUCGCGGCGGUGCAGUUGCAAUUUCCUCCCGGGGAAAGUUUUUUCUAAGUCUUCUUGGAGUAUACGAGUGGGAAGGCUGCAAUCCUAUUCCUCCUGAGAUUUGGUUGCUUCCAAAAUCCUUUCCUAUUCAUCCAGGGAGGUUGAUGUCUUAUUUUCGAUUGACAUACAUGCCCAUGUCAUAUUUAUAUGCGAAGAACUUUGUCGGAACCAUAUCUGGACUGGUAAAAUCUUUAAGACAGGAGCUAUAUGUAAUGCCGUAUCAGGAAAUUGAUUGGAACAAAGCAAGAAAUACUUGUGCAAUGGAGGAUCUCUUUCACCCAUUUCCAUGGGUACAAGAUAUGAUAUGGGGAUUCCUGUACUAUUUAGCUAAACCUAUUCUUACUCGAUGGCCUUUUUCCAUUUUGAGGGAAAAGGCUUUGAGAAAAGCAAUGGAACGCGUACAUUACGAGGAUAAGUCCACCAGCUACGACAACCUAUUCCUGUGUUGCAGUGACUUGUUGCAGGUAAUUCGCCUAAUUGCUUGUUGGGUGGAGGAUCCAAAUUCAGAAGCCUAUAAACGCCGUCUUGCCCGAAUUCCUGACUUUUUUUGGGUAGCAGAGGAUGGAUUGAAGUUGCAGCUUCUGGGAAGCCAAACGUGGGAUGUUGCACUUUCCAUUCAAGCAAUAUUAUCUAGUGAUCUCGCAGAAGAAUAUGGUCCAACACUUAAGAAAGCACAUGAUUACCUAAAAGCAUCACAGCUUCAAGAUGACCCUCCAGGAAACUUUCACGAAAUGUAUCGCCAUAUUUCUAAAGGUGGUUGGACAUUUGCAACUCAAGAUCAUCGUUGGCAAGUCUUAGAUUGCACUGCUGAAGCACUUAGGGUUGUACUAUCCUUUGCACAAAUGCCACCGGAGCUUGUUGGUGAGAGAAUCGAAACAGAACUGCAUUAUUUUGUCCCUGCAAUUUUCUUUCAUUCUGAAUUCAACAUAGAGAAAAAGCGGGGGGUUCUCACCCUAGGAACCCGAGCAAUCAUAUCGUUGGUUGAUGGGAGUAGAACAGAAAAACACAAAAUAGGAGGGACUUUCGGAAGACAAUGGAGACUUCAAACAACCGGGCCCACAUGGUGCUACAAAGGGAUUGCAUGUCCUUUGCUGAUUAGGAGAUUGGAGUACGAAGGUCAAUAGGAAACAAUAAGGGAAUUGGGCAGAGUUUGACUUCUGGUAACCUUUCACUCAAUUCGGCGGGGACCACGGAGUAUGAAGCAUUAGUCAUGUUGGGCUUUUAAGAAGAAAGAAACGUACAGAGGCUUAAAAACAAGGAGUAAUUCGGCAGCCUUGUUACUCAUUUGUGGGGACCACCGAGAAAAGUGAGGCAAUUGUUUGAGAAUAGGGAACUUCGUUCUUUUGAUUUCGUCCAAUUCUUUCGUUUAUUUAUUUGCCCUUUUUCCGUUUCUUCGGGGGAGGCGACGAAGACAUAGCUUGUUUUCAAUAAUUACUUCUGCACUUUUGCAUGGGAUUUCCUCGAUGAAGAUGAAUUAA